AUGCGUCCCGUCAACGGCUUUGUGGGCGCCAUCGGCAACACGCCGCUCAUCCGUCUCAACAAGAUCAGCGACGAGACCGGAUGCGAGGUACUCGGUAAGGCCGAGUUCAUGGAGCCGGGAGGAAGUGUCAAGGACCGUGCGGCGCUCUACGUCGUCAAGGAUGCGGAGGAGCGUGGUCUCAUCAAGCCGGGCGGAACCGUCGUCGAGGGUACUGCAGGCAACACUGGUAUCGGUCUAGCUCACGUCUGCCGCAGCAAGGGCUACAAGUGCGUCAUCUACAUGCCCAACACCCAGUCGCAGGAGAAGAUCGACCUGUUGCGUAUGCUCGGCGCCGAAGUCUACCCAGUCCCUGCCGUCGCUUUCGACAAUCCGGAAAACUACAACCACCAGGCCAAGCGUCAUGCUGAUCGACUUGACAACGCCGUCUGGACCAACCAGUUCGACAACACAGCCAACCGCCGUGCUCACAUCGAGACCACCGGCCCUGAGAUUUGGGAUCAGACAGACGGAAAGCUCGACGGGUUCAUCUGCGCAACGGGCACAGGAGGCACGCUCGCCGGUAUCACCAGCUACCUCAAGGAAAAGAGCAACGGCAAGGUCCAGUGCUGGCUCGCUGACCCUCCGGGCUCGGUCCUUCACUCGUACAUCCAGACCAAGGGCAAGCUCAUGGACCGCCAAGGUGGUUCCAUCACCGAAGGAAUCGGUCAAGGUCGUGUCACCGAGAACCUCAAGCCGGAUGUUGAGAAGCUCGACAACUCGGUACACAUUCCUGAUGAGGAGAGCAUCACCAUGGUUUACGAUCUCCUGCACGAAGAGGGAAUCUACGUCGGAGCCUCGUCUGCACUCAACGUGGUGGCUGCCAAGAAGAUGGCCCAACAGCUCGGUCCCAACAAGACCAUCGUCACCAUCCUCUGCGACGGCGCUUACCGAUACCAGGCUCGCUUGUUCUCGCGCAAAUGGCUCGAGUCCAAACAGCUCGACACGGCUAUUCCCGAGCACCUGCAAAAGUACAUUGUCUUGCCAUGA